GAGAGAAAGAGAGAGAGAGAGAGAGAGAAAGAGAGAGAGAGAAAGAGAGAGAGAGAGGGAGAGAGAGAGGGGUGGAGCAGCUGGAUCUGGAAGCAGAAAACUUCUCAACAAGCUCAGGCAGCUCCGAGACACACACACACACACACACACACAGAUAAUAGAAGAAUAGUGUGUGAGUGCAGACGGAGUGAGCAUGGGUGAAGACGAGGUGCAGGUGGAGAAGAGCAACAUGGAGAUGGAACAUGAGAGUCAGGAGCUGCUGGUGCCGUCUGACCCCCAGCCGUCUCAGAGCGACCCGUCUCACGGCGACCCGUCUCACCCUCUAGAGCUGGACGAGACCCACGAGGUGAACGCCAUCACGGUGCUGACGCUGCUGGACCAGCUGGUGAAGAUGCUGGACUCUGUGCAGGACAAACAGCAGCAGAUGGAGGAGUGGCAGCGUGUGAUGGAGGAGUCGGUCCGUCACAUCCAGAACGACAUGAACAAGCUGGUGAAGAGCAACAGUGUGACCACCAACAGCGUGAGCAAGCUCCUGGAGAAGAACCGCAAGAUCAGCGCCAUCAUGAAGGACGUGAGGGAGAAGAUGGAGAGACAGACGGUUCAGGUGAAGAAGCUGGAGGACAACCAUGAAUACCUGCUGCACAGGGACAACUUCAGAGUGCUCAUCUUUCAGGAUGAGAAUGAGAUUCCCUCCAGUGUGUUCGUAAAGGAUUCUCCUCAUGAUGCUGAAAACGAGUCCAUCUCUCCUGAUGCGAACCGCUCACAGGAAGAAGGGGAGCUCCACACCGUCCAGCUUUCCUCAGACGAAGAUCUUGAUGAAGAGCCAGAGGAUGAGGCAGAGUUAGAGGAAGCGAUGGAGUCUCUAGAGAGGUCUCGUACCGAGAAGCUCAAACGCUCCAGUCUGAAGAAGGUGGACAGUCUGAAGAAGGCCUUCUCUCGAGAGAACUUUGAGAAGAGGAUGAAUAAGAUAGUCUCUGUGGAGAAACGGGAGAAGAUCAAGAAGAGUCUAAGCCAAAAGAACAAGGGUGGAUCGUUUAAACUUUUCCACAUCAAGAAGAAACGAGAAGGAGGUGAGGAACAUGCUGAGCACGAGGCCUUCAGUGAGAUCCAUGCUGAGCUUGCUCCAGCUCAGGAGGAUGACGAAGAGCCUGAGGAGCUGGCUAAGGAGAAGAUGGGUAGGGCUAAGGAGAAAGAGGAAGUAGAAGAAGUGGAAAAAGAGGAAGUGGAAGUGGAAGUUGAGAAGGAGGAUGUGUCACUGGAUAAUGAUGCUGAGAACGAGCUGUCAAUCACAGAGGGUCUCAGGGCUGAGUACACACUCUCAGCCACACUGCCUCAGGAGAGCUCCCACAUAUCCCACAAUGCACUGCAUGGAGAGGAGGAGGAAGAGGAGGAGGAGCACAGAGAGAGAGAGGAAGAUGAUGAAGCUGAGGAGCAGAGAGUUGCUUUUGAGACAAGCUCUUAAAGCUUGUUCAUGUUCCUCCUGCGGACCUCAGGCUCGAUACGCAGGAACCAACGAUGAUGAUGAUGAUGAUGAUGAAUUAAGAUUCUCUACAUAGCAAGGUGAAAUUUCAACAACUUAACAUUUUAUUGAAUUCAAGAGUGAAAAAACCUGAAAGUUUAAACAUCAGCUCAGCUGAUGUCUCUAAAAUCCAAAAGUUUGAUGUUUUAACUGUAAAUGUUAAACUUUUUACUUACAAAGUGAGAGAAUGGUGAGAAAUGCUGUCUGUACGCCUGGACUGGGGCUCAGAUGUGAAGUAAAGGUCUUUAAAAAGUACACUACAGUAUUUCAGCCCAUCCGUCUAAUGUCUUUAAUCUUUGAUCUAUUUUUGUGUAACUCACUAAUUUUUACUGAAAUAUUAAACUUUAAUCUCUAUUUUUAUUUUAAAGUGACUAUAUAAACACUGUUGAUGCCAAAGAAAGUGAUGAUAAAGAAUAAGCGAGUUCACUUGCCUUGUUGCCUGCGCACCUCUUUCUAUAUGAUCCUACAAUAAAGAAAUAAAGAUUCUGAACUUUU